UCAACCAGCAAUCAGCAAUCAUGAAAUUGUUAGUAGCAGUAGCAGUUUUGUGCUUAGCCGUAGCUUACGCUCACGGCGAGGAAGAGAAGGACCUCGUCGCAGCAGCCAGUGGAAAGAGCCAUCAUCAUGAAUCAGGCGGCGGUAAGGAGCACCACGGUCAUCACCACCACGAACAUGGACACAAGGACCACAAAGGACAUCACGGACACCACCAUCAUCAUAAGGGAGAACACGGCGGCCAUGGCCGUCACCAUCACGGAGAGCACCACCACGAACAUGGCGGCCACCACAAGAAGCACUGGGAUGAGCAUGACGAUCAUGGUCAUCAUCACGAGCAUGGACACCACCACAAGGGAGGCAAGCAUGGCCAUCAUGAACACCAUGACAAGGGCGAGCAUACCGACGGUUACCACAAGAAGUACCAUAAGGAUACCUUCCACAAGGACCAUCACUUCUACGAUGGCGACCACAAAGAAGGCAAGCACCACAAACAUGGUCACCAUCACGGACACCACGGACACCAUGGCGGACACCACAAGAAGGGAGGUCAUCACGAACAUGGACAUCACGAGCACCAUCACGGACACCAUGGACACCACGACAAGCACCAUCAUGAUGAGGGUCAUCACGGACACCACGGUCAUGACGGCCAUGAAGGCCAUCAUCACCAUCAUGAUGAUCAUGGCAAGAAGGGACAUCAUGAACACCACAAGGGCUGGGGCUUCCAUCAUGGAAAGCAUUAAGUAACCAAAUCAGACUGUGAUACUAAUAUAAAUAUUUUUUACGAUUUUUUAUUAAAUUUGUUGAUUGUUUUUGUUAAAUAAUGUACGAAUAAAAUUUGUUAUAUAUUUUGUUUAAUUAA